AAAAGACGGAUACCAAAAAUCUGCAAUGCAUACCGGGAAUAAUAAACCAAUAGCCAGCACUGACCAAUUGUCGCAUGUGAAAAAGCUAAUAAAAAAUAAAAUACUGAAUAAAUCCGCACAAUCAGAACCGCAACAGCAAAUACAUCAGCAGCAGCAGCAACAACAACGGGACCAACAUCGACAGCCACAACAGUCACCAGCUGCAGCUGCAGCAACAGCAGCAGCACCAAGCUCGGGAACUUUAAGCCAGCGUACAGGCCAGUCAGGUGGCUUUACAGUGCCCAUAGCCAAAGCCGACUUGACAGCUCGUUCUAAACCGCCGUUGUUGCUCAAUCUGUUUAAUCAGUUGCCGAGGCAGCGUGCAACAUGUGGAAGUAUGAAACCACAACAAAAGAGGCUGCAGGCCUCGCCACAGCGAGCUCCACGAGCGUCUCAAGUAGACACACCCAUAAUACUAGCACCGGCAUCAACAAUGUCACAAAUUCGAGCACCACAAACACCAGCUGCAACUCCUCAACCGAAGUCUCCACCGCCGUUGAUUGUGCUGGAGAACAAGGUGUUGGCCCCCGAUGAGAAAAUCGAUUUGAGGGCCUUGCGGCUGCCAAAUGGCCAAUCUCCGGCGGUUCCGCCUACUGCGCCACCCAUUGUAGCGCCGUCACCAUCAUCCACAAAGGAGUUUGAAAAUGCAGCUAAAGUAAAACCGGAAGCUAAGAAACCCACUGCUCCAAUCAAGAAGAUCAUACUGAAUGUCAAUAAGCGAAAAUUGCCGCGUGAGGAAAUUGCUCAAUUGGCCAAAGAAGUGCACAAGCAGGCAAUGCAGCAUGUACAUCAGCAAAAGCCGCUAAGCACAAAUACUCAAGCAAUAAAACCGCCGAAAGCAUUAGGUUCAGGUGCCACCAAUAUCACGCCUACAAAAGAAAUUGGGCCAUCUUUAAAUACUCCAGUCACUGAAACUUCCAUAAGUACAAAUCCUUCUUCCUCAUGUGCAAUACCUUCAUCUCUGUCCAAACACCUCUUCAUCGUGUGCAAUAACUUCCUCAUUAAUAACUCCUGCAAUUGA